UCCCACCCGGAACGGUCGGCAUCAGUGACUAAACAGCUGCAGCUGGCCUUUUAAAGGGAUUAUUGCCAAGAAUCGGAAUUGAUCACUUCAACAAGGAAAGGCUUAUGGGCAGGGCCCCGACCCGGAGCGAGACUGACACUGGGUGUGCGCGCCCUGGGACCCGGCAAUGAAUGGGGACCCUCCCUAGGAACGGAGUUGCGUGUUUCUUCCCUGCCCUGGGAAAUUUGCUGGAACUGCUUAAUUUUGUGUUUCUUUAGAUGUGUAGUUCAUCCUUAUCUGAGGUUUGGGUUCUUUAGUUCAAAGUCCGGGUUGGUCAGAACGUUGCUGUAAGUUGCCCUUUUGACGUAGCUGCAGCCAUGGCCAGUUGGUAGGACCAGCAUCCCAUGCCCAGAAGUCAGUUCAGAAUGACCGAAGAAGCAUGCCGGACACGAAGUCAGAAACGAGUGCUUGACCGGGAUCCAGCAGAGGAUGAUGUGGAGAGCAAGAAAAUAAAGAUGGAGAGAGGAUUGUUGACUUCAGAUUUAAACACUGAUGGAGACACAAGAGUGACACCCGAGCCUGGUGCAGGCCCAUCCCAAGGACUGCUAAGGGGGCCAGAGUCUGUGGCUGCGGGUAGAAGUGAAGGGCAGACAAGUGACGGGCCCGUGGACAUGCGCACCUCCCACAGUGACAUGAAGUUGGAGAGGAGAGCCCCCUCACCUGAUGUGAUUGUCCUCUCUGACAAUGAGCAGCCUACGAGCCCACGGGUGAAUGGACUGACCAAGGAGGCCUUGAAGGAGACCAGCACCGAGGCCCUCCUGAAAAGCAGUCCUGAGGAACGAGAAAGGAUGAUUAAGCAGCUGAAAGAAGAGUUAAGAUUAGAAGAAGCAAAGCUUGUUUUAUUGAAGAAGUUGCGUCAAAGUCAGAUACAAAAGGAGACUACCACCCAGAAGCCUGCAGGCUCCACGGGGAGCUCUGUGACCACCCCUCCCCCACUUGUGCGGGGCACGCAGAACAUUCCUUCCGGCAAGCCAUCACUUCAGACUUCCUCAACUCGAAUGCCUGGCAGUGUCAUCCCACCACCCUUGGUCCGUGGUGGGCAGCAGGUGUCCUCGAAGCUGGGGCCACAGGCAAGCUCGCAGGUCGUCAUGCCACCACUCGUCAGGGGGGCCCAGCAAAUCCACAACAUCAGACAGCAUUCCAGCACGGGGCCGCCACCACUCCUCCUGGCCCCCCGGGCGUCUGUACCCAGUGUGCAAAUUCAGGGACAGAGGAUCAUUCAGCAGGGUCUCAUCCGUGUCGCCAACGUUCCCAACACCAGCCUGCUUGUCAACAUCCCCCAGCCCUCUGCAGCAUCACUGAAAGGCACGACGGCCACCUCUGCUCAAGCCAACUCUACCCCCACCAGCGUGGCCUCUGUGGUCACUUCUGUUGAUUCUCCAGCUAGUCGGCAGGCGGCUGCCAAGCUGGCACUGCGCAAGCAACUGGAGAAGACACUGCUUGAAAUUCCCCCACCCAAGCCCCCUGCUCCAGAGAUGAACUUCCUGCCUAGUGCUGCAAACAAUGAGUUCAUCUACCUAGUGGGGCUGGAGGAAGUGGUGCAGAACCUGCUGGAAACACAAGCAGGCAGGGUGUCCGCUGCAGUUGUGCUGUCACGGGAUCCCUACAUGUGUGCACAGUGCAAGACAGACUUCACGUGCCGCUGGCGGGAGGAGAAGGGGGGUGCCAUCAUGUGUGAAAAUUGCAUGGCAUCCAACCAGAAGAAGGCACUCAAGGUGGAGCACACCAGCCGACUGAAGGCUGCCUUCGUGAAGGCGCUACAGCAGGAACAGGAGAUUGAACAGCGCCUCCUGCAGCAGGGUGCUGCCCCCAUGCAGGCCAAGGCCGAGUCGACUGCCCCACAUCCCACAUUGAAGCAGGUCAUAAAACCCCGGCGUAAAUUGGCGUUCCGCUCAGGAGAGGCCCGCGACUGGAGUAAUGGGGCCGUGCUACAGGCCUCCAGCCAGCUGUCUCGAGGUUCGGCCACGACUCCCCGAGGUGUCCUGCACACGUUCAGCCAGUCACCCAAACUGCAGAACUCAGCCUCGGCCACAGCCCUUGUCAGCAGGUCAGGUAGACAUCCAGAGAGGGCUGUGAGUGCUGGCAAGGGCAAUGCCACCUCCAACUGGAAGAAAGCACCCCUGAGCACAGGGGGGGCCCUUGCAUUUGUUAGCCCCACCUUGGCAGUGCACAAGACCUCCUCGGCUGUCGACCGCCAGCGGGAGUACCUCCUGGACAUGAUUCCACCACGCUCCAUCCCCCAGUCGGCCACAUGGAAAUAGAUCGAGCCAGCCCAGUGGAGAACAGGCUCCCUUUGUCCUCCUGCCUGGCCCUGCCACCCUCUGCUCGGGAAGACACUGCUCCUGAGAGAGCAAGUGAGCGCACUGCCUCUGUUCCUGGCUGCAGUCGCCUUCUGGUUGGAGGCCACUUCACAGGUGGAUGAGGCUCAUCAGUGGGGGACCUUUCCCUUGGGCUUUCUUCCUUUCUUUGCCUUUAGUUUGCCCAACACCAGCAGAAAAGCGGACCUGGGGGCUGGUUCUGCUCCCAGGCCUCCCCUUAGCCCCUGGCAGGGCACCAGGCGCUCACUCUGGACACUGUGACAUGCUCGGGCGAGGGCCAGCGCCCAGGGCUUCUGAAGUUGAGCGGAGCUUUCUAUUUUGUUUUCGCUUUUCCCCGUCUUAGCCUCCCAAUCUCUGACUGCCUUCCUUCAUGGCAAUCUCUAGGCUGAAAGAUUUUUUUCAAAUCACCUCAUGAUGAUGGAGUUUAAAGUAAACCGUUCAGACCCAGGGGUCCCUGCCGAGCAUGGCCCCCACACCCCAGAGGGUGGGCCACUGACAGCGCCACAGCCCCCGGUGGAUGGUCACCUAGCCCUCGCUCUUGCUGCUUGUCCUGGAGGGCCCUGCCUCACUUAGCAGAACAGCCAGAGAACCCAGGAUUCUGGAAGCCGCACCACCUUCGGAGGAGAGAGAGGCAAGAGUCGUCAGUGGAGUCCACAGGCCUGAGCAGGAAGUUGGAAGAGGGAGGGCUGUUGUGUUUUUUGUUGUUCUUGUGGUUUAUUUUAUUAAAUUUUUUUCCUUUUCUUUUCCUACUUAUUUUAAUGGAUGACAUCCUAAGCCUCCCUGGCCUGUGCUUACAUCAGGUGUGUCCAAGUGGGGCAGCAUUCCUGUCCCCCAGACUUCAGGGUUUUUGUUUGGGUCUAGCAUAGAACCUUCCCAUAGAGCUGGGCAAGGGUCCACCUUCAGAGUUUUUUUUAACCCUCUUUAGAGUCUGCAGAAAUGUUUUACAAAGGAUCAGGUCUGCCUUUAGUUGUACUUUAUUUUGGUCUUUCCCUCUCCUUAAGAAUCGGUUCUAUGAGGAAAGUCAGAAACUGUGUGUGCGCACGCGCGCGCAUGUGUUGCACUCAGGCCAGCUCCAUGCCUGUGUGAGGCAUCCCAUGUGUUCACACUGUCUGCGUGGAGACACGGGACACUUCAGCCCCAGCCGUGGUUUUCCUAUCCAUGCAAUUAGGGACUUAAUUUAAAAUCCUUGUUUUGUAGGGCUGCCUUCUUCAAACACACUGCUACCACAUUCUAAUAAAGGCUCAUUUAACCCCCUCUCAUGCUGUGUGAAUAUUGGUGUUUAGAAAACAUUUCUGACACCUAGUUUUGCAAAACGUUUUAAUUUGUUAUGUACAGCUUUUCAGUUCUCGUUGAUUUUGUUUUGAGUGCAUAAGAUAGAUGGGCUGAAGGUGGGGAGGGCAGGGGAGGCUUUCAUUCCACGAUCCAGGGACUUGGGGGAAGGAGGGAAAUUGAUGUUCAGGAGGUGCGGGGAGGGUGUGUUUCUACACCAAAAAAAUCAAGAGUAUGCAAACAUUUCUAUUCCUUGAAUUUUUCUGUGUGCCUGGCAAAUAAACACCUGUCUUAUACUAGCCUGAACUGUUAGCCCUCUCUGUUCAACAACCUGGCCAGAUUGUCAGUUUGAGAUUGUCACCUCUUCCCCGUCAGACCUCACUUCUAUGCAGUGACAGAUCAGGUGUGACAUGCCAGAAUCUCCCCCUUCUGCUCAGGAACCACCACUCUGGCAGGACGACUCCUCUCAGCCUUGGGGCUGUGAACAGGUCUAUGAGCCUUGGGCUUGGCUCUGCCCCUCUGGCCCAUCAGGGACCACUUACUGUGACGAAAAUCUCGCUUUUCUUUAAAGGGCAAGAGCAUGAGAUGCCUUAAUCUUCAGUUCUUAAAACUCCUUUCCCUUUUCUUGUUAGUUUACCCUUUUUGGUGUAAUUACCUUCCUCAAAUGGGUGGUUGUGAUAGAAUUUGUGAUGUUACCGAAAGCGUUAUUAAAUACCUCGUGUGUGGGGUUUGGACAUCCUAGGAAAGGGCUAUUAAUGUUAGGGUGUUCUAACAGCAAAACGUCACACACACCCAAAAAAAAAGCUGGUCUCAGUGCUGGGAUCCUUGUCCUGACAGCCUCCAGGCUGAGGGGAUCUGGCUCCCUUUGCAAUGAGAAUGUCCCAAACAGUGAUUGUAACAUCCCCAGUAAAAUGUCACAAUCCCAUGAUGGCAAGUGGAAACUGCAAAAGGUCAGCCACUUUGUGUGUGUGAUAGCGGGGAGAAGGGGGAAAUCAUAGCUCAACAGUCACUUCUCCCAUUGAGGGGGAGGCCGGUUUGAAGUUGUGUGUGCACACAGAUAGACUCGUGUCCACUUGGAGCCACCCAGUGUCCUGUAAUGUCUGGACUCUCACUUUUGACCAGUUCAAGGGUGGCCCUACUGGGGUGGCCUUUGGUCCUAUCUGUUCAAGACCUUUAUGAAGCAGUAGUUCACCCCAGUGCAGAGGGAAUGAGGCAACAGCACAGCCUUGCUGCAUCUCACAGCUCCUGUGCCUCACCCACAAGUGCUGUGGAGGGAGAGACGUGGAGUUUUUUUAUGUAAAUGUUUUCAUCACAGGGGUGUAAGUAAUGUAACAGACACCCUGCUGCUUCACCAUAGGGCUUUUCUCUGAUGCCGAGUUAUGCUGCAUAUGACCUUUGCUUAAAGGACUUGGACUGAACUUUUCUAAAAAGAACAGUUUUAUAAUGCUUAACAAAAGUGUAAUAGACGUUUACACUAGUGCAGGGUAUAUGGGAGGGUUAUUUUCCGGGGGGAGGGUUGUCACUUGUAUUUAUUGUGACUCUAAAUUUUUGAUAAUAAAUGUAAAAAAAUGUUUGCCAUCAAACUGGAAUAGAAGUUCAAUAGAGGCUGGAAUCAAUGGCUAUACACCAUGUCACGGGGAGACUUUUAGAAUCGGAAGGACAAUAAAGAAAUGGAUAAUGUGUCGACUAUUUUUCUUUUGUCCCCUCUGCCCUGGUUUGGGGCAGAUUGGAGGGGAUGGCAGGGUGACCAAACAGGGAGGCAAA